AUGGCCGCGCAGGCCCCCGAGGGCGAGGGGCCGGCCCCCGCCCGCCCAUCGCGCAUCCGCGUCAUGCGCCCGGAGGUGGAGGAGGUCCUCAAGAGCCCCCGCCGCGCCCGCGCCAAGCUGCACAAGGAGGGCGGCGGCGAGCAGGAGGACGGCGCCGGCGCGCGCCCGCGGUACGACUGCGCGUUCCAGGACGAGGAGGGGCAGCAGGGGUUCGCGCCGCCCGACGUGGUGUGGUGCAAGGUGCGGAGCCACCCCUGGUGGCCGGCCCAGGUCUUCGACGCCGCCGACGCCUCCGAGCUCGCGCUCCGGCACGCCAGGCCGGGGGCGCCCCUCGUCGCCUACUUCUGGGACCGGACCUUCGCCUGGAUGGACCCCUCCGCGCUGCGCCCCUUCCGCGCCCACUUCCCCCGCCUCGCCGCCCAGAGCACCGUCUCCAGCUACGUCGCCUCCGUCGACGCCGCGCUGCAGGAGGUCACCCGCCGCAUCGAGGCCGGCCUCUCCUGCUCCUGCUCCCCGCCCGCCGUCGCCAGGAAGCAGCAGAUUCACAACUCAGGGAUCAGGGAAGGAGCCUACGGCGCCGUGGUGGACGAGGUGUACAUGAGGGACACGUUCCGUGCCAAGCCGUUCGUCGACUACAUUUCGGCGCUGGGGAGGAGCCCACUGGCCGGCGCCGAUCGUCUCGACCUUGCCACCGCCAUGGCGCAGCUCAGGUCUUUCAACCGGUUGAGGUGUCCAAUGGAGCUUCCUGAGUUUGUCAUCUUCCAGGGGAUUGAGGAUGUUGCUGCUGCCGUUGCUCCUGAGGCUGAUGCUGAUGCUGAUGUGGCAGCAACACAGCAGACAAAGAGGAAGAGGACGGAGGAGAAGGGCGGCGGGGAUGGCAAUGCUCCGGCCAAGGAGAAGAGAUCGAGGCACGGCGAGAGCUCAUCGCGCAAGAAAGAUGCUCCUGCAGAGGAACAAGAAGAGGCCAUUGAUGAUGCUCCGACCAAGGAGGAGAAGAAAUCAAGGAGGCGUGGCGAGAGCUCAUCGCGUGAGAGAGAUGCUGCUGCAAAGGAACCAGAAGUGGCCAUUGAUGUUGAGGACAGCCCUCCUAUGCCCAGGGACAGGAUCAUGGACACCUCCGAAGAUGCACCGGAUAAGGGAGAAGCUCCUGCAAACAAAGAUGCCGCCAUGGUUGAGGACACCCCUCCUAUGCCCAGUACCAAGCAAAGGAAGUCAAAGAGAGGUAGCAAGACUUCAGCUGAUAAAAAGAAGAAAGACACCUCCAAAGACGCGGCAGGUAAGGGCGAGUCUCUGCCAGAGGCAGAGCCUGCCAAAGAAGAUGAUGUGAAUGGGGACAGCUCUAUGCCGAGUGUGGAGGCGACAGAUGAUACAUUGAGCAAGCAAAGGAAGUCGAAGAGAGUUAGCAGGAGUGCAGCAGAGAGCAAG